AAACGAUUUAUGGGACGGCAUACGCAAAGAGUGUAGUCGUUGAUAAAACUCAAAUAUUUACAAGAAGUUUAAUGCUUUCUCAGCUCAACUGACUUGCCAUUCAUAGUUCGAAAAACUAAUUAGUGUAAAGUGCGUACGUUAAUGAAAUGUGAUAUGAAAAUGUCAGCGGGCGUCUGGGAUCUGAUUGACUUGGUGCCCGUGAGGUGCCAGUGGAUCGAAAGACUACGUCACUGCGGGAAGACUCUCCUGAGGAGACAAAGACGACUGAUAAGAAGACUUAAAAAGAUGUACCUACACAGUUGGCGCUCUGAUGAGCUAAGCAUGUUAGUGGGUGCUAAGACGACGGGAGCGACGCCGCUUGUCAUUGCCUGCAGGAACGGCCACUACGAUGUCGCGGAAUAUCUUAUAGAGCGUUGUAAAGCGGACAUCGAACAGCCCGGAUCAGUAACAUUCGACGGUGAGACAAUAGAGGGCGCUCCCCCACUUUGGUGUGCGGCCGCGGCGGGACACCUCCCGCUAGUGCGGUUGCUGGUUCGCGCUGGCGCGAAUGUCAACUCCACGACGCGCACGCACAGCACGCCGCUCCGAGCAGCAUGCUUUGACGGACACUUUGUUAUUGUUAAGUUCCUAGUUGAGAAUGGCGCAGACAUAGAAAUAGCGAAUCGACACGGCCACACGUGUCUCAUGAUAGCUUGUUAUAAGGGCCAUAUUCACAUAGCGAAGUAUCUUCUCUCCCUGAACGCCGAUGUUAAUAGAAAGAGCGUGAAAGGCAACACAGCCUUACACGACUGCGCCGAGAGCGGAUCUCUACAUAUACUUAAAAUGCUCUUAGGUCACGGUGCAACAAUGGAUGUCGAUUCUUAUGGCAUGACUCCUUUACUAGCGGCAUCUGUAACCGGUCACACGCACAUAGUGGAACACCUCAUCAAUGCAGAACACGGACUAGUGUCGAGACAGCAACGCAUCGAUGCGUUGGAGUUGUUAGGCGCGACGUAUGUCGACAAAAGACGCGAUAUGGUCGGUGCGCUUGCGCUAUGGAAACGCGCGAUGGAUGACAGAUUUCCAACAGACGACAGUGAACCAAUACACAAGCCAAAAGACAUUCCUCGAAUAGAGGCGUAUGACUACGCGGUGGAACCUAGCAACGCGCAACAAUUAGAAGAACUGCUAGCCGACCCGGAUGCCAUGAGAAUGCAAGCCCUCGUCAUCAGAGAAAGGAUAUUAGGGCCGGCGCACCCCGACACGUCGUACUACGUGCGCUACCGCGGCGCCGUGUACGCGGACGCGGGCCGCUUCGCGCGCUGCCGCCAGCUGUGGCACCACGCGCUCGACAUGCAGCGCGCCGUGCUGCCGCCGCUGUCGCCGCUCACGCAGUCCAGUCUCUACAGCUUCGCCGAGCUCUUCUCCUACAUGCUGGCCGAGCGCGCGCGCCCGCCGCUCAGAGGUCGCAUCGUUCCACCAGUGACGUUCGAAGACAUAGACCCAGUAUUCAGGAAAGCAUUAUCAGAAAUAGAGAGAGGGAUGGCGUUACUUGAAUCAAAACUAAGUAUCGAUAGAGAAAACACAUUGACGACACUACAGAGGGUGCUCGUUAUAUCGCUCCAUUUGGCGUCGCUAAUGGCGAAGCUGCUCGAGGAACCAGAGUGCACGGAGGAAGUUUCCAAGAUGAUCCAUAAGGCUGUCUACUCACUUGUCAAGUUAGAUAUUAAGGUGCGGCAGGGGCGCUCGGCGCUGCACGCGGCGUGCUCGGCGGAGGGCGGGCGCGCGCGCGGCGCGUGGGGCGAGGCGGCGUGCCCCGCGCUCGUGGCGCUCAUGCUGCGCCUCGGCGCCGACACGCACGCGCGCGACGCCGACGGGAACACGCCGCUGCACCUCAUCUGCAAGCUGAACCCGUGUCCCGGGGAAGUGGUACGAGAACUCCUAUCCUACGGAGCACACAUCGACACGGUCAACUACGAAGGGGAAACGCCCGAGGAAAUCCUCAAAGCGUCCCAACAGAGCCUCGCUGCCAUAGUGAAUCCGUUGAAAUUCACGACAUUAAAAUGCCUCGCAGCGCGCACGGUGAAGAACUAUAGACUGCCUUAUAGACAUGUCGUACCACAGUGUUUGCAUUCGACUAUCAUUACUCAUUGAAAUUGCUCUGUGUUUCGCCUACUCUGUGCAUUGCGUUGCAUUAUUGUGUCAAGUUGAAACUUUCGUCACUUAGUGUCUAGUUGUCUAUGUUACAGGACUCAUCUUCGCGAUGUGUUCUAGACGCCAUUCAUAUAGACUAUAUUAAUAGAUGCUUAGAUCGAGAAACGUAUGUCGAAUAAUAAAAUUUAUUUUUUCACCAGACUUAUCAAUUAAAUUGGACACUCGUUUUUAUAGUGAAUCCGCGUAGUUAAAGUUUACUCGUUUUUUGCCGUUGCAAUUUUUAGAUAUAGACGGCCAUUUGAUGUUACUAUUUGAAUUAAGAACUGCUUGACAGCUGUCAGACUGACGGAUCUCAUAACUGUCUAUGACGUGUAGUUUUUAUCUGUAUUAGGGCUUCAACCAUUUAUUUCGGAAAAUCUCGUUCAACGUGUAAUUUGAACUUGGAAACUUAAAAAAUAUGCUAUAUUGAAUAUUUCAGUUGUAUUUGGUGUUAAAGUAAAUGUUAAGAUAAUUCUGUCUUGUUAACAUUUAGAGUUCGAACACAGCCUUUGGAACACAAAAUAGCCUUCUUGUAGAACUUGUCUUGUUUGCACAUAUUGUACUAAAUAUAUACACAUUGUUUUGUAUGGUGUUUCUAUGAACAAUAUAAUUUAAUUUUCUUUUAAAAUAGUUUUUAUAUGUAUUUACAAAACAGACAUUAUUUGAAUAUUAAAGCAAAAUUGUGAUGUGACAGUUUAUCCAAACGAAACAUCACCUUGAACCUUACACAAAAAAUAUUUCAUUUUAAUAUAUAUUAACUUAUCUAUAUUUUAUAUAAUACAUUAAGGCAGCUUCAAAAAUUAUAGUAAUUAUAAUAUAAAAAAUAAAUGAACAACUUAGUUCAAAGACAUCUUUAUGAAAGAUUGUAGUUUAGGCUUUAGCAAUAAAUAAUUGAGCCUUUUGAUAUAUAUUCCCCUUAGUGUGACAUUAAUUAUAUUAAAAUCAUGUCGAAUUUAUUAAGAAGGAUACACUGUUGUUUGUUUAAAUUCGAUUUUCACAAACGUCAGAAUAUUUCAAAAAUUAUUCAUGUAAAAAGGUUACAUAUUCAAAUAAUUGUUUUAUAUAAUAUUAAAUAAAAAAUCUAAUGAUAUUUUCAUUAUAUCUUCGUUUGAUGAAAAAUAUUAUUACAAUUAAUUCAUAAUUGAAAAAAGAAAGAAAUAUAUUGACUGUUCUAUAAAUUAAUAUUUUAUUAUGUGUGUUUAAAUUUACCUGUAUAUAGUAUGUAGAAUAAUUAUGUAUGAAUAUUUGUUUACCCUUGAUAAUGUCAUUGGUUUGAAAUUAUCCCACAUCUUUAAACUAGUUCGUGAAACGCUGAUCAGUCAGAUUAACUAAAGUCAUUUUAAUCUGAAUGGUCAUUGGUAUGACAUAAGUGAUAUUACUUUAAAUAUAUAGAAUGAAAUUUAAGAUAAAAAUGCAAUUAGAGUCCGUUUUUCUUUUUUAAAUAAUAUUUUUCACCCUAAAUUUUGUGCUAUUUUAAUGUAUAAAAUAUCAAAUAAAUGUGUCACGUAAACCAAAAACGCACCAAAAUAAAACGUCCGAAGUAUUAAAAUCAGCAAAUGACUUAACAAUUAUGCCUUAAUGUUUAAUCGUCAACCUUCAAAGAAAGAAGGUUCUAUUGUUCGACUAUGUAUAUUUUUAUGUAUGAUGAAUUUUUUCACCAAAUAUAUAUGUGUAAAAAUGUUGACACCUAAAGUAAUAUAAGUUUUAUUUUAUCAUAUAAAUGUUAACCUAUUAUGUUGUUAUGUUGUCACAUUACCGUGUCAUAACUCAUAUGAUGUUUACGAUCUGUAAUCUCUAUUUUUCUGUUUAGCGAAACCCGACAAUAUAAUCAUGUUAUUUAUCAGGAUUCUUGUAUAAUUC